CCUCAUGCAAAAGAUGAGUGAUGUUAAAGAAGCGCUACUGCACCGAAGACCUGGCGGCAACUGGACCCGGUUAGGUCUCCUUGUGAACUGCUGCAGAACUACAAGUCCCAGAAUGCCUUUCACAAACACAGUACACCGACAUCUGAAGAGUUCACACAUGCUCGGUGUGGUGGCUGGAACCUGUUUUCUAUAGGUUCCUGACUAGGUUAAAUAAGGUGGAGCAAAUGGCCCCACCCCAAAAGCGAGCUCCAGGAUUGGAGUUUGAGCCUAGCCCCAGGGUAGAGCCGGAAUUUACCUUUGUACUUCACCUAGUCAGGCUUAGUAGUGACUGGCUGGGUGGGGCUAGAGCUGGCUGCCAUCCGGACACAUCUCAGAGCUGCAAGCAGGUUUGAAUCCAGGAUCUCUGCCACCCCGCUGUCUCCCUCCUUUCUCCAUAUUUGCUCUUUUCCCCUCGGGACCUUCUCACAGGUUAUUAGGCUUCACAUUUCUGCCGAGGACCCCUGCAUUUGUCUUAAGAAUUCUACUACCCAACUAUAGAGUAAAGGUCCACUAUGACACUCCCUGUGUACACCUAGCACUGUCUCCUGUAGACAGUUGUUGGGAAGGAUGGACCCCAGAGCAUCACCUGAGGACAGGGCUGAGGUGGGAGGAUGGUGUCAGUCAGCAAAUAGGCCUUACUGGCUGCCCUGCCUUCUGUAGGUCCUGCUGGACAGCCACCAUGACCUCUCAGCCUCCCGGGCUGGCAGAAGAGUCUGGCCCAAGUCUUGGGGAGUCUGAACUGGCUUUGAACCCCUUUGAUGGACUCCCCUACUCUUCCCGCUACUACAAGCUGCUUGAGCAGCGCCGAGCCUUACCCAUCUGGGCUGCUCGAUUUAUCUUCUUGGAGCAGUUGGAGAGUAGCCCCAGUGGAGUGGUGCUGGUGUGUGGGGAGCCUGGCUCUGGCAAGAGCACACAGAUCCCUCAGUGGUGUGCAGAAUUUGCCUUGGCCAGGGGGUUCCAGAAGGGCCAGGUUACUGUCACUCAGCCAUCCCCUCAGGCCGCCCUAAGCCUGGCUCUGCGGGUUGCUGAUGAGAUGGACCUGACCCUGGGUCAUGAGGUUGGAUACAGCAUCCCCCAGGAAGACUGCACAGGACCCGACACCCUGCUCAGGUUCUGCUGGGACAGGCUGCUUCUGCAGGAGGUGGCCUCAACCCGGGGCACUGGAUCCUGGGGAGUGCUGGUGCUGGAUGAGGUUCAGGAGCGGUCGGUAGCCUCAGAUUCACUCCAGGGGCUACUGCGAGAUACCAGCUUGGGUGACCUUCCAGGGGACCCCAAAGUGGUUGUGGUUACUGACCAAGCCUUUGAACCUAAGCUCCGAGCCUUCUGGGACAACCCUCCUGUUGUGCAUGUUCCCAGAGAGCCUGGUGAGAGUCCCAUUCCUGUCUACAGGGACACUGUCCCUACUAAUCGGGCAGAAGCUGCCUGCCAAGCUGUGCUUGAGUUGUGCCAGAAGGAGGAUCCCGGAGACGUGCUAGUGUACCUGCCCAGUGAGGAGGAGAUUUCCCUGUGCUGUGAAUCCCUGUCCAGGGAGGCGGGGCUCCUGGCUCUCCAAGGCCCUCCACCACGAGUGCUGCCCCUUCACCCAGGCUGUGGCCAGGCCAUUCAGGCCGUGUACGAGGACACAGACACAGGUGCCCGAAAGGUCGUGGUCACUCACUGGCUAGCUGACUUCUCCUUCUCUCUGCCUUCCAUCCGACAUGUCAUUGACUCAGGAAUGGAGCUCCGAAGUGUUUACAAUCCUCGGAUCCGAGCAGAAUCCCAAGUGUUGAGGCCAGUCAGCAAGUGUCAGGCAGAGGCAAGACGCCUGCGGGUGAGAGGGUUCCCACCAGGUAAGAGCCCUUGCCCUCACCAAGACGGAGCACGAGAAGAGCUGCCGUCAUGCCAGCCCUGGGAGUUCUACAGUGGUCUUCUUUCCCAGGUCUUUCUCCCCUCAGGAUCCUGCCUCCGCCUGUAUCCCAAGUCCUUCCUAGAACUAGAGGCUCCCCUGCUGCCCCCACCCAGGGUAUGGGAGGAGAAUCUGAGCCCCCUGGUGUUACUGCUAAAGAGGAAACAGAUUGCAGAGCCAGGGGAGUGUCACUUCCUGGACCUGCCUGCUCCAGAAGCACUGAUGCAGGCCCUGGAAGACUUAGACUAUUUGGCGGCCCUGGAUGACGACGGGGACCUGUCAGACCUGGGAAUCAUCCUGUCAGAGUUCCCCCUGGCCCCGGAGCUGGCCAAAGCCCUGCUGGCCUCGUGCGAGUUCAACUGUGUGGAUGAGAUGCUCACCCUCGCCGCUAUGCUCACUGCUGCUCCCGGGUUUACCCGUCCUCCCCUCUGUGCAAAAGAAGCUGCCCUGCGUCGGGCCCUGGAACACGCAGACGGUGACCACAGCUCUCUGAUCCAGGUGUACGAAGCCUUCAUACAAAAUGGAGCAGAUGAGACUUGGUGCCAGGCUCGGGGUCUAAACUGGGCAGCAUUGUGCCAAGCCCGUAAACUCCGGGAAGAGCUCCUAGAACUCAUGCAGCGAAUUGAACUUCCCUUGUCCCAACCAGCCUUCGGCUCUGAGCAGAAUCGCAGAGACCUUCAGAAAGCACUGGUGUCAGGAUACUUCCUCAAGGUGGCCCGAGACACAGACGGGACUGGAAACUACCUGCUUCUCACCCAUAAACACGUGGCCCAGCUCUCUUCAAACUGCUGCUACCGGACCCGCCGGGCUCCUGCCAGGCCCCCACCAUGGGUGCUUUACCACAGCUUCUCCAUAUCCAAAGACAACUGUCUUUCCAUUGUUUCUGAGAUUCAGCCACAGAUGCUGGUAGAGUUGGCCCCUCCAUACUUCCUGAGUAACCUGCCCCCCAGUGAGAGCAGAGACCUCCUGAACCAGCUGAGAGAAGAAAUGGCAGAGUCUUCCACAGGGAGUGAAUCCUCCUCAGCCCAGGAGUUUGGAGAUGCCUGUGUUCUGCAGUGAUCUGUCUGCUGAGGAAUGGAACUGAGCUCCUCUGUUGCAUUAGAUCCUCCCUCAGGCUAGUACCAAGGCGGGCAGCCAGAUCUAGAAGCCCAAAGUUUAGGGCCAAAUGUAGACCCUAGUGCCUGAAUCCCAAGAAAUGAUGGACUCGGCGUGGAGAGAGUAGGGGAAGUCACAGUCUCCUUAGGGUAGGACCCUCUCCUUAACCUUCUCUGUUUAUUGGAGAGGGACCGACAUGCUGCCUGUUCCUCCAACUUAUGUCAAACCCACUCUUGUACUCUCUUUUGGUUUAUAAAAGAUUUUUCUAUGAUA